UUUUCCUCUUUUCAUUCAGGUUGUGAGUGAGUUCUGUUCCUGGUGGAAUCCCAUUUUUUUUUCAAGUGCUAUGUCAUCUUUGCGAAAUGCCCAUUUGUUGCAGGAGUGCAAAUCCGUGCCAUGGCGCAAUAUAACCUCAACCCUGCAUCAAAACGGUUUAUCCUACUCUUCAUUCCACCUGGACUCAUACAGGCAUCGCAUCCCUCACUUGCCACACUGUCUCUUCUGCACGAUGGAUCAGUCUCUCUCCACUGACGGGAGUCUCUGCCCUUCUAACCGGCUUGCAGCCCAGCCUCCAACACUGCAUGGGACGCAGCUCUCCCCCUCGCCAUUUAUAGUCUCCAAUCGUGACGUUUUUUGAGGGAGGGCCAGCUUAUGUGUAGCGCCAGCUCGGACAGUGACGUCUGUCUUGGACGCAAAUCAGAAUUGUGACUGCUGGUGACUUUGGUAUUUAACAGGAUGAUUUUUUUUAAUUUUCAAAUUGGAAUAACUGGUAUCAUUACACACCAGAUACGGUUCGGUACAUAUGCAUAGUGUUGUAGACGAAUCCAAGUAAUGCCAACAAAAGCUGUUAUUUUGAGAAGCUGCUCCACAAGUAGUUAAACGCUCAAAGUAUGCACAACACUGACAUCUAGUGGACAAUAGUGCUUACUACAAUGGCAAGGCAGGGCACUUCUGCUGUGUUGCAGAAAGCCCCGUGUUUCUUUUAAAAGCUAAAUAAUACGGAAGACACACUUAACUCUGGUCAAAGUAAUCAAUACGAUAUAAUUUUAAUCGUGUGUUGUAUUGCAUCACAGCGUCUCAGAACUUUCGAACAAGCGUUACCAUGGCGACCGUUGCCCAGCUUGGCGACGCUUGAUGAUGGGCCUAGCUAGCCGCAGUAAACACGACGAACAUGGACGACGGCGUUCAACUGGGAGAACCCGGACCAGUUAAAAAUGUUGCAAAAUCUGGUCGAAGGGCUCGCCUUGCUGCAGACCAGACAUCACAAGGAGACGCUCGUAUUUCCAGGAAGUCCUCUGGAUCUGCCUCAGCUGGAGAAGGCCCCCCUCCAAAGCCUCUCAGACGGCAGGGUGGCUGGGCAGAAGAAAGCUCCGGAUCGGGUUCUGGCAAAUCUUCGAGAAGAGCUGCUGCCGACGACCUGGAAGAUCGCCGCCUGCGACCACAAACUCCCCAAGCGUCAGAUGACGAUGGAGACGUUCCAGUCAUUCCAGACUUGGAUGAAGUGCAGGAAGAAGAUCUCAACAUGCAAGUAGCAGCUCCCCCGAGUGUUCAAGUCAACCGGGUAAUGACCUACAGAGACCUGGACAACGAUCUGAAAUAUUAUUCUGCAUUCCAGACACUAGAUGGAGAAAUCGACUUGAAGCUCCUCACAAAGGUUUUAGCACCAGAACAGGAAGUGAAAGAGAUGUGCUCUGGGACUGGGAUCAUCUGUUUACAGAGGUGUCCUCAGAGCUGCUUAUGGAAUGGGAUCAAGGAGAGAGUGAAGAACAAGCUUCAUAACCUGCAACAUGAGUAAAAUGUCUGGUUUGAAUGGCUCCAGUGGGAACAGGAACAUCAACUUAAAUUAUAGUGUGAUAAUCUAGAAUGUAUAUUUCCUGACUUGUAUAUAGUAUAUUCUGUACAUUUGUUUUGUUAUUUCUACAUAAAGCUCACUGAUGCCUUACGUGACCCUGACUUUGUGUAGAUUUCACUUUUUUUGUAGGUUUUUAACUUGCAUCAUCACAGCGGGAACUCUUGAGAUGUCCUCCCUACAACCAGCAUUAUCAACACCCUGAUACAAGUCCAAGGUUGAUAAUCAGCUAAGCUGAAAUCCAGUUGAUUGUGUUUAAAUUAACAUUCCUCAUUAAGGCCCACAACCUUAUUGUUAUUGACCGUGCCAUUGACUUUAUCUUGCAGCUCUUCGAUAGGAGCAACCUUUUCUUCACUAUUAUCUCAAAUGCAUUGAACACUGUUCCUGUUGACACCGGGUGGAUUAGCAUACAUUAUACCUUUUUUAUUGGAUGAACAGAAAUGGAUGGUAAGUUGGCUCCUGUUCAAAUUGCUCUUUAAAGUGGAAAAAAAGAAGAUAGUGAGACCAGGUUCAAGGACAUCAACAUUUUCUGUGACAUGUCCUGUCUAAUUCAUGAAAUGCAUUGUAUACUGCAUGUCACUGGCUGUGUGUAUCUAUCAGCAUUCAAUUUAGUCUUUGGUUGGUUCAUGUGUGUGAAUUUCAAUGCAGGGCUCCAGCGUGCAUGCAGCUCUAUUAGAGAAACAGUUGUAACAUUUACAGAUUGUGAUUAGGUUUAUUUCUGAGACACAGAGCGCUCUCAUGACAUUUGAGGAUGCACAGCAAAAGACCUCAAGGACAAAGCUCAAUCACCGCCCGUCACAAAUACAAGUAGAGUUUUUGAACUUCUUAGGCCUUGAAUCUACUUCAUCAAGCGUAUUCCUGUGGAUGAAGCUAUCAGACAGGAUAAUUGUGCUUUGAAUAUUUAUAAAUGGUGGAAUAUUCAAGCUCAAAUGCAAUGAGGUUUUUUUUUCUCCCAUUAGACAUACAAACGCUCACUCUUUCCACCUCCACAAUUGGCUCAUUUUGCCAGACUUAAUGAAUUCUGCCCAUAUGUCCUGAGCAGCUGCUAUGUUGCCCCUUCCUCCCGCCCCCGCCGAGCUGCGAAGUGCCCAUCCAUGUAGAGGCAACCUCUAGCUGUCUCUCUGGAGAACUAAGCCUGCCACUCCUACGCUGGCAGCCGGACGCUCCUGUCGGAGGUGGGCCGCGGACGGGACGAGGGCUCAGAUUAGGGCACGGUGAUCACGGGUUACGGCUG